AGAUUUAGCGAUUGGAGCCCUGAGUCUGAGUAUCCCCAGUUCUAAGAAAAAUCCCUCUUUCUACAACUCUGCUUCCGAUCCCUCACAAAUUCAAACCCUAGUUUGCCGCUACAUUCAUUUUCUUAUUCAGCAUGGCGGGUAUGGGCGAUGGCUACGUCGGCACGGCGCAGGACGCCGUCAGGAUCAGGCGCCUGGAGAAACAGAGAGAGGCGGAGCGCCGCAAAAUCCAAGAGCUUAAGAACAAAACUGCCGCUUCUGAAGGCCAGCCUGGCCUCCUCCAAUUCGGCUCCAGUACCUCCGAGAUAUUGGAGACUGCAUUCAAGAAGGAAACUGUUGGUCUGGUCACUAGAGAGCAAUAUGUUGAGAAGAGAGUAAAUAUUAAGAAUAAGUUUGAAGAGGAAGAGAAAGAGAAGCUCCUAAAGUUGCAGCAAGAGGAGGAGGAGCUUCAGUUACAGAAAUUGAAGAAGCGGAAAAUAAAGGCAGACCCAAGGCUAUCAUUUGCUGAUGAAUUUGAGAAUGACAAUGAGGAGGAAGAUGAGGAAAAUCAAAACGAUGAUAUCCGCCAGAGAUUUGGAAAAUAUGGAAAAGAUCCUACAGUAGAAACCAGUUUUUUGCCUGAUAGUGAAAGAGAGGCGGAGGAACAAGCUGAGCGUGAACGGUUACGAAAACAGUGGCUUCUUGAGCAGGAGCAAAUCAAAAAUGAGCCUCUUCAAAUCACUUACAGUUACUGGGAUGGUACUGGCCAUCGACGGGUGAUCCAGGUACGAAAAGGUGAUGCCAUUGGAGAAUUUCUUCGUGCAGUUCAGCAGCAGCUUGCCCCUGAAUUUCGAGAGGUUCGAACAACUUCAGUGGAGAAUUUGCUCUAUGUUAAAGAAGAUCUCAUUAUUCCACAUCAACACAGUUUCUAUGAGCUGAUUGUAAACAAGGCCAGAGGGAAAAGUGGACCGCUGUUCCACUUUGAUGUGCAUGAGGAUGUUCGAACCACUGCUGAUGCAACAAUUGAGAAAGAUGAGUCACAUGCUGGUAAAGUUGUGGAGAGGCAUUGGUAUGAGAAGAAUAAACACAUAUUUCCAGCUUCAAGAUGGGAGAUAUACGACCCAACAAAGAAAUGGGAGCGAUACACGAUCCAUGGCAACUGAUUCAGACAACAUGCAAACUUUCGUUCUACUAUUGUGGAAGAAGACCUUAUGAGUUUCCAGGGUAUCAACUAGUGAAAGAUGUUGCUGACGUAGGCUUAAAUUGUGGAGAAACUCAACUGGAAUUAGUGCUAAAAUUGUGAUUUGUUUUGCCUAGAGCGGAGGGGAUUUCUGACUAUUCCUUUCUCUCCUAUUCUGAUGAUUGUUGGAUUGUAUCAUACUCUUAUUUUUGAAGGUGACAAUAUAAUUACUACAGUACUUUAUAUGGUA